UCCCAUUGUACAGAGGCAGCCCCAGCCAUAGAGAGACCGAGAGCUCCCAGAGAACCCGGACUCCGCCAUCUUCACGUUGCAAUCUAUAGCUCCCAGUCCGCGCCCGCACCGACCCAGGCGCACUGGGCGAGCCGCCCCUCAGCCCCGCUCCCCCCGGGCCCGCGGCGCCAGGGGAGCGCUGGGGAGCGCUCGCGGGGACCCGGCAGCUUCUCCGGCCGGCGCCAGCCUGCCAGGUGAACUGGGAAGGAGCCGCUCCUGGAGUCCCCCCAGAGCCUCGGAAGGGUCAGUCUCUGAGAAAAAAAACAGGCAGCCCGCAGAAAACCCAGAAACAACCGAACCGGGGCAGUUUUACAUUGCUUUGGUUUUUUUGAGGGGGCGGGGUGAGGGGGUACGAGACAAGUCCCCAAGUUUUCUUUGCUUUUUUUUUCUUUUUCUUCUUUUAUUUUUUUAUUUGUUUGCAUUUUUCUCCCCCACCGCCCCCCCUCCUGGUAGAAGUGCGCUUUCCACCUACCAGACCCUGAAAGAAAGUGUCAGGAACCGGUGCAAAAUCCGGUUAAGUUCAAGAAGACAUUUGGAAGUCCCGGAGGCCAAGCAGUUUGAAGAAGUGUAAGCGAUUUUUUUUCCUUCAAAAGAAUAUAUUUUUAAAGAAACCAGCCAGUUCGCGGCAAGCAACAGCAGAUUUUUUUCCUUGCCUCUUUCUCCUAUUUUAGAUCGAGAGAUUUUUCUUUCCUUUUUUUCUUCGCUUUUUCUUUUUUGCAAACAAAGCAAAAAACAGCAUAGAAGAAAGCGCAAAAUACAGAAGAAGAAGAGGAGGAAGAGAGGGCAAGAGAGGAAGGGGGGAAAAAAAACAAAACACCAACCCGGGCAGAGGAGGAGGCGCGGAGGCGCGGCGGCGGCAGCGGCGGCAGCAGCGGCAGCGGCGGCGGCGGCGGCUCGGACCCCCUCCCCCGGCUCCCCCCAUCAGUGCAGCUCUCCGGGCGAUGCCAGAAUAGAUGCCGGGGCAAUGUCCCGCCGCAAACAGGGCAACCCGCAGCACUUGUCCCAGAGGGAGCUCAUCACCCCAGAGGCUGACCAUGUGGAGGCCGCCAUCCUCGAAGAAGACGAGGGUCUGGAGAUAGAGGAGCCCAGCAGCCUGGGGCUGAUGGUGGGUGGCCCCGACCCUGACCUGCUCACCUGUGGACAGUGUCAGAUGAACUUCCCCCUGGGGGACAUCCUGGUUUUUAUAGAGCACAAGAAGAAGCAGUGUGGUGGCAGCCUGGGUGCUUGCUAUGACAAAGGCCUGGACAAGGGCAGCCCGCCGCCCUCCUCGCGCUCCGAGCUCAGGAAAGUGUCCGAGCCGGUGGAGAUCGGGAUCCAGGUCACCCCCGAUGAAGAUGACCACCUGCUCUCGCCCACGAAAGGCAUCUGCCCCAAGCAGGAGAACAUUGCAGGGCCGUGCAGGCCUGCCCAGCUGCCAGCGACGGCCCCCAUAGCUGCCUCCUCCCACCCUCACUCAUCCGUGAUCACUCCACCUCUGCGCACCCUGGGCGCUCUGCCGCCCUGCUUCCCCCUGCCGUGCUGCAGCGCGCGCCCAGUCUCGGGUGACGGGACUCAGGGUGAGGGUCAGACGGAGGCUCCCUUUGGAUGCCAGUGUCAGUUGUCAGGUAAAGAUGAGCCUUCCAGCUACAUUUGCACAACAUGCAAGCAGCCCUUCAACAGCGCGUGGUUCCUGCUGCAGCACGCGCAGAACACGCACGGCUUCCGCAUCUACCUGGAGCCCGGGCCGGCCAGCAGCUCGCUCACGCCGCGGCUCACCAUCCCGCCGCCGCUCGGACCCGAGGCCGUGGCCCAGUCCCCGCUCAUGAAUUUCCUGGGCGACAGCAACCCCUUCAACCUGCUGCGCAUGACGGGCCCCAUCCUGCGGGACCACCCGGGCUUCGGCGAGGGCCGCCUGCCCGGCACGCCGCCCCUCUUCAGCCCGCCACCGCGCCACCACCUGGACCCGCACCGCCUCAGUGCGGAGGAGAUGGGGCUCGUUGCCCAGCACCCCAGUGCCUUUGACCGAGUCAUGCGCCUCAACCCCAUGGCCAUCGACUCGCCCGCCAUGGACUUCUCGCGGCGGCUCCGCGAGCUGGCGGGCAACAGCUCCACGCCGCCGCCCGUGUCGCCGGGCCGCGGCAACCCUAUGCACCGGCUCCUGAACCCCUUCCAGCCCAGCCCCAAGUCCCCGUUUCUGAGCACGCCGCCGCUGCCGCCCAUGCCCCCCGGCGGCACGCCGCCCCCGCAGCCGCCCGCCAAGAGCAAGUCGUGCGAGUUCUGUGGCAAGACGUUCAAGUUCCAGAGCAAUCUCAUCGUGCACCGGCGCAGCCACACGGGCGAGAAGCCCUACAAGUGCCAGCUGUGCGACCACGCGUGCUCGCAGGCGAGCAAGCUCAAGCGCCACAUGAAGACGCACAUGCACAAGGCCGGCUCGCUGGCCGGCCGCUCCGACGACGGCCUCUCUGCCGCCAGCUCCCCGGAGCCCGGCACCAGCGAGCUGGCCGGCGAGGGCCUCAAGGCGGCCGACGGCGACUUCCGCCACCACGAGAGCGACCCGUCGCUGGGCCACGAGCCCGAGGAGGAGGACGAGGAGGAGGAGGAGGAAGAGGAGGAGCUGCUGCUGGAGAACGAGAGCCGGCCCGAGUCGAGCUUCAGCAUGGACUCGGAGCUGAGCCGCAACCGCGAGAACGGCGGCGGCGGGGUGCGCAUCAAGGUGGAGAAGGACCUGGAGCUGCCGCCCGCCGCGCUCAUCCCGUCCGAGAACGUGUACUCGCAGUGGCUCGUGGGCUACGCGGCGUCGCGGCACUUCAUGAAGGACCCCUUCCUGGGCUUCACGGACGCGCGCCAGUCGCCCUUCGCCACGUCGUCCGAGCACUCGUCCGAGAACGGCAGCCUGCGCUUCUCCACGCCGCCCGGGGACCUGCUGGACGGCGGCCUUUUUUCGCACGGGAGCGGCACGGCCAGCGGGGGCAGCACGCCGCACCUGGGCGGCCCGGGCCCCGGGCGGCCGAGCUCCAAGGAGGGCCGGCGCAGCGACACGUGCGAGUACUGCGGCAAGGUGUUCAAGAACUGCAGCAACCUGACGGUGCACCGGCGGAGCCACACCGGCGAGCGGCCUUACAAGUGCGAGCUGUGCAACUACGCGUGCGCGCAGAGCAGCAAGCUCACGCGCCACAUGAAGACGCACGGGCAGAUCGGCAAGGAGGUGUACCGCUGCGACAUCUGCCAGAUGCCCUUCAGCGUCUACAGCACCCUGGAGAAACACAUGAAAAAGUGGCACGGCGAGCACUUGCUGACUAACGACGUCAAAAUCGAGCAGGCCGAGAGGAGCUAAGCGCGCGGGCCCCGGCGCCCGGCACCUGUACAGUGGAACCGUUGCCAACCAACAGAAUGCUGACCUGACACUCGCCUCCGCGUCUGCGCCACUUCGUCCCCCCGCGCGGUCCCCGGGCCCGGGGGAGGCGGCCCUCCAACAUACCCUGUGUCUACGAAGUCCUGUGGAAACCCGAGGGUCGAUUGAGGCAGUAAAAAUUGUGGAGCCUUUUAACUGUGCAAUAAUUUCUGUAUUUAUUGGGUUUUGUAAUUUUUUUGGCAUGUGCAGAUACUUUUUAUUAUUAUUCUUUCUGUUUAAAUUCUUUUAAGAGAUUUUGUUGGGUAUCCAUCCCUUCUUCGUUUUGUUUUGUUUUUUUUUAAAUUUUUAAAAUUUUUUGUUUUUGUUUUGUUUUUAACCCAGUAGUAGCCUGAGCAAUGACUCCCAAGCGAAGUAGAAGGGAAGCUUAUCUUUUAAAUUAUAAUUUGGGGGGGAGGGCGCUGCUUUUUUGAGUUUUAAGCUAAGCAUGUGUAAUUUCUUGUGAAGAAGCCAACACUUAAAUGACUUUUAAAGUUGUUUACUUUUUUUAAAUUCCUUUUUUUUUCCCCCUUUGGUCCUGAAAUAAAAAGUGGCAUGCUGUUUUUUUGGGGGGGGGAGGGGUGGAUGUACAGCGGAUAACAAUCUUUAAAGUUGUAGCACUUUGUUUCAGAAUUGGAAUUGAGAUGUAGCACUGAUGAUGUCCUGAGUAACAGAGGCCUUUCCUGUGUUGGUUUCAACCUUUACGUUAUCUAAGGAAACGUUUUAGUGGUGGGGGAGAGUCCGAGGGCCCUCCUCCCCCGGAAAACUCAGCACUGCCAGAGAAACAGGAGUUUUUGAGAGCGGCCAGGGAGAUGGCCCGAGAGCUACAGUUGUGCGUCAGCAGCAGGUCCGGACCUUUUCUUGGAGUGUCCGCGUGCCCUGGGAUGCCAUCUUUGCUCUUUGCUUUAGACGAGGUUUAAAUAAAACGGGCUGAGGGUCCUUUUUUGGGUAGGUGGUGGUGACCUGCAGUGACACAGAAAGGAAGGAACCAGCGGUGUUCUUUCAGGCUUCUUCUGGCUUGACGGCUUCUCUCUCUCUCUCUCUUUUCAUCACCCCCCCACCACAGAAAUCCCGAGUCGCAUGUUGCUACCAGUGGUAAUUGAACCGUGUCUCAAGCAGACAAGUGCCCCGAUGAGGUGAACUGAGAGAAGGUAGUAUUCUCUCAUUUAAUGCACACUGAUGACAUUGUACGGACAGGCGGGAGAAUCUUGCGAAUUUCUGUUCCCUUUAACUGGAAAAGCAGGGAAAGAGUUCCAUCCGAAGGUGCCCAGCGCUACUUGCCUUUUUUUUUUCUUUCUAUCCCAUUAGGUUGGAAGGUACUAAACAUUGGACUGUUAAGAUUAGACAUUUGAAUUCUGUUGACCCGCACUUUAAAGCUUUUGUUUGCAUUUAAAUUAAAUGGCUUCUAAACAAGAAAUUGCAGCCUAUUCUUCUCUUUGGCCCAGAGGUGGGUUAACCCGUAAGGGACGGCUGAGAUUGAGUGUCAGUGUUGCUAAGCUUGGCAUUCACAAUACUGGCACUAUAAAGAACAAAAUAAAAUAAUUUAUUGGACGGUUUCUCUACUGCCAUUCAAUUUGAUGUGAGUGCCUUGGAAACUGAUCUUCCUAUUUGAGUCUCUUGAGACAAAUGCAAAACUUUUUUUUUUUGAAAUGGAAAGACUUUUUAAAAGUAAAACAAGAAAAGUACAUUCUUUAGACACAAACAAAGCCACAUUUACUUUUAAUUAAAUUAAAAAAAAAUCCUGGUUGAAGAUAGAGGACAUGAAAAUGCCGUAAGACCCAAUCAAAUGAAGAGAUAAGCCCAGCACAACCGUGGACAUCCUUAGCUGAAUUAUCCUCAACCCCCUUUGUUUGUGGGACAACGCUGCUUAGAUUUGGCGUGGAAGUGAUUUACUGCUGAAUUAAAACUCAAGUGACACAAGUUACACGUUGAUAUCGUUGAAUGAAAAAACAAAACAAAAACAAUUCAGGAACAACGGCUAAUUUUUUUCUAAAGUUAAAUUUAGUGCACUCUGUCUUAAAAAUACGUUUACAGUAUUGGAUACAUACAAGGGUAAAAAAAAAUUGUGUGUAUGUGUGUUGGAGCGAUCAUUUUUUUUCCAAGUUUGCUUACUAGGUUAUAAAAAAAAAUGCCACAGUGGCUGCGUGUAUAUUGUUUUCUUUUUGGUGACGGGGUUUUAGUAUAUAUUAUAUAUAUUAAAAUUUCUUGAUUACUGUACAAGUGGACCAGUAUUUGUAAUAAUCGAGAAUGCCUGGGCAUUUUACAAAACAAGAAAAAAAAAACCCUUUUCUUUUCCUUGAAAAUGUUGCAGUAAAAUUUAAAUGGUGGGUCUAUAAAUUUGUUCUUGUCACAGUAACUGUAAAGUCGGAGUUUUAGUAAAUUCUUUUCUGCCUUGGGUGUUGAAUUUUUAUUUCAAAAAAAAAUGUAUAGAAACUUGUAUUUGGGGAUUAAAAGGGGAUUGCUACACCAUGUAGAAAAAGUAUGUAGAAAAAAAAAGUGCUUAAUAUUGUUAUUGCUUUGCAGAAAAAAAAAAUCACAUUUCUGACCUUUACUUAUUUUUCUCUCCCCGCCCCCUCUGGAAUGGAUAUAUUGGUUGGUUCAUAUGAUGUAGGCACUUGCUGUAUUUUUACUGGAGCUUGUAAUUUUUUAACUGUAAGCUUGUCCUUUUAAAGGGAUUUAAUGUACCUUUUUGUUAGUGAAUUUGGAAAUAAAAAGAAAAAAAAAACAAAAACAAACAGGCUGCCAUAAUAUAUUUUUUUAAUUUGGCAGGAUAAAAUAUUGCAAAAAAAAUUUGUAUGUUUAGUCCUAUUGUACAGGAGAAAAAGGGUUGUUUGACAACCUUUGAAGAAAAGAAACAAAAGGAAGUCGUUAAAUGCUUUGGUUCACAAAUCAUUUUAGUUGUAUAUAUUUUUGUCGGAAUUGGCCUAUACAAAGGACUGUUCGAGCAGGGCUUCUCUCCGAAUGCCCCGAACCUUGCAUCAAGGCUCCCUGGUGUGGCCACAGCAGACCGGAUGGGAAAUUCUUUAUUCGUGUUGAGUGGAGAAAUCGGUUUUUGUAAAGAUGUCGGUAACAUUUCACAGAGUCCUCUCGUUCUCUUAGAGGCCAUCUGUAAGAUGUCAGGUGUUAGAGGAGAGAGUGAGAGAGCAUCUUCCUUCUCUACUGUCACCACUGUGGCGGUCACCACGUCUCCCGCCCUUAAGAGCAGAAAGGAAUGCAAACCGAGCUUUCUUUAGUCCUUGAGAAAACAUGAAACAGACAGACAAAAGAUGUAAUAAAAGGAGCUGGUGAAUCACCUAGGCACAGGUGAUGUGAGCUGCUGUCGAGACCAGCGCAAAUUGGAUUUCAGGAAGGAGUCCCCGUCACAACCAGGGCCUUUCAUUCCAUGGAGAGUGUUGGCCUGUUGUCUUUCUUACCUGCUCUGCUGCUUUUCUCGCUGAAACCUACAUUCCGUCAGUUUCCGAGUGCCGAGGGCCUGGGAUGAAUUCGGUGCCUUUCCAUAUCUCUCUCUCCUUCCUCUGUGUUUCCUCUCCAUCCCCCAGCCUCUGUCAGUCCUUUAUUUUUGUUCUUCAUCUUUACUUAUUUUCUUUUCUUUCUCCUUCUCUGUACCCUCCCCUCUUUUCUUUCUUUCUUUCUUUCUUUCUCUUUCCUUCUCUUUCUUUCUUCUUCUUUUUUUUUUUUGUAAAGCCAAGUAGCUUUAAGAUAAUAAAGUGGUGGUUUUUUGGAUGAGGGAAUAAUACAUUUUAAAAAAAUACCUAUAUCAGGAAGCCAUUUUUUAUUUCAGGAAUUGUAAAACCAUUAUUUCAGGUUAUGAAAGUAUAACCAAGCAUCUUUUGGGGCAAUUCUUUACCAAAUGCAGAAAUCUUUCUUCUGGGAGCUUUUCUGUUCAGUACACGCUUCCCUCCUUGCCACUGACCUUUGCAAAGGGAACAGAAAGGGGGAGGAGGGGAGAGAAAGCUGAGAUGUCAGUUUCCUACCUGCCCGACCCGAAGACCCAGGGGCCGCCCCUUUCCUUCGGACGCCCUGUUAAGGUACUUGAGCCUCCAAGGUGAUCCUCUUACAGUUGCGAAAGCUAGCCAGCCCUCACCAGCUUCCACAAAGUCACCAGAAUGCCAGGACUAAGCCAUCCUAAAGCACAAAGAUUGUGUCUCUGUCGACUGCAGAGAAAAGAGCAUUAUGCUUCUCUUUCAUGUUUAAAAAGCCAGCAUUGGAGCAGAUGACCCAGUGAGAGAGGCCCCGAGCCUGGGUGACCCAGCCGACCUCAGGCCGGUUUCCAUACUGCCACAACUUUGUUCAAAGUUGCCCCAAAUUGGAACCUGCCACUUGCCAUUAGAGGGUCUUUCAUGGGGAGAGGAGGAGGCUGAACUACUCUAAGCAAAAUGUGAAAAGUAAGGAAGUCAGCCUUGCAUCCCGGUCCGUAGCGAAGGUUUUGUUGCGCACAGGCAAACCCGUGAUUUUGGUGCUCUUUGUAUCUCAACCCUGCAAAGCAAAGUUACAUUGAUUUCAGUUGUUUGCAUUUGUACUGGCAAGGCGAAAUAUUUUUAUUACCUUUUCUAUUACUUAUUGUAUGAGCUUUUGUUGUUUACUUGGAGGUUCUGUCUUUUACUACAAGUUUGGAACUAUUUAUUAUUGCUUGGUAUUUGUGCUCUGUUUAAGAAACGGGCACUUUUUUUUUUAUUAUGGAUAAAAUGUUGAGAUGACAGGAGGUCAUUUCAAUAUGGCUUAGUAAAAUAUUUAUUGUUCCUUUUAUUCUCUGUACAAGAUUUUGGGCCUCUUUUUUCCCUUAAUGUCACAAUGUUGAGUUCAGCAUGUGUCUGCCAUUUCAUUUGUACGCUUGUUCAAAACCAAGUUUGUUCUGGUUUCAAGUUAUAAAAAUAAAUUGGACAUUUAACUUGAUCUCCAAA